GAAGUUCUGAAAGGACACGGUCGGUUAAACUCCAACGAGGAGUAGAAAUGGAAGAACUCUUUGCGGCACACAGACGUUUGGGCGUGGCUGUUAACUCUACAGAUGAUGAACUAAAAAGGGCUUUUCGAAGACUAGCGCUUCAGCAUCAUCCGGACCGAGCCAAGGUCUCUUCCGAGGCCUGCUCGCGUCAGUUCCUUGAAGCUCAAAGGGCUUAUGAGAUGAUAUGCGACUACCGCAAGCGGCGGCAGCUUGCGCGCGAGUAUGCCGCUAAGGGACCGUCACCCGCUACAGCAGAGAUGCAUCAGGCAGCAGCUGCAAGUGCCGCCGCCUCUCGUGCUCCAAGGGUGAUGAGCAACAUGACGGCAGCGAUGGCAGCAGGCGCCAUCGUCUGCGCCGGAGUGUACAUGGGGACAUUGAAGUACAGGUUUGCCAAGAAGGCUCUGGAGAGACACUUGUCCGGGAGCUACGUGGUGAAGGCCGAAGAGGCUCAAGUGAGCGCAUGACGAGCAAAAGACACUUAAGGACGUUCUAGGAUAACGGGGAUACGCAUUAAAAGAGGAGCAUAAGGGG